GGUCGGGUCUAAAUUGGAACCUCCCCCCUCCCCGGCCCUCACUUUAAAGGUUCCCCCAAAUGAGUGUUCGAAAUUUGUUUUGAAAUUAAAUAUUACGCCAUUAUCUCAUGGCAUGUUGUCAAAUAUCAAAAUGCUGGGGCUUCUAAAGAGGUCAAGCCCCCCUUCCCCAGGGCCCCAAAAUAUCUAGCUACGCUACUGAUGCUACUUAGAUUAUAUUAGUGUAGUUUUGUUUAUGUAACAUAUAAAGUCAUAUUAAGACUUUGAAAGAAACCUUCUUAAAAUAAUUUUUAAAAACAAGAGUUUUGACAUUCGUUGCUUUACCAAACCUGUAUUCCCUAUCGGCCACGUAAUGGUUUGGGGGAUUUUUAGAAAAACUGAAAUAAAUAAAAUAAUAAUAAUGAAUAAAUUGUAUUUCUUGGUACAUGAUUAGCUGUAUUUUUGAAAAUCUACAUUUUCUUACGUGUCCAAACUAUUUUCUGAACUGUUCAUUUUAUUACAUGUCUCUAGAGUAGUCUAGAGCCACGCAGUUAUCGGGAAACACCAGACAGCGCUAUCGUGAAACCGGUAGACUUACCUCGCCACUAAGCUCAAAAUGACUACCUCACUUGAUGUUACUCCAAUUGAUUUCAAUAAAAUUAUUCAAGAAUAUCAGAAUUUAAAGCAAGUUCAGGGGGAAGUCAAACUGGACAGAUUAAAAGUGAAAGCAGUGAAAGACAGUGUUAAGUGGAAAGAGCAUGGACACUCUAAUUCACAGGGAACCUCAGAUGUGCAUGUCCAGUUCAAUCUAGUUGAAGGCUUAGCUAAAGGUUUAAAUAGAGAGAUAGAAAUCUCACUGCCCGAAAGAAAUCUCCCUCUUUCAAAGAUCAGUAUCAAUGUAGCACAAGUGGAAACCAAAGCAACAGUUCCAAUAGAGAACAAAGAGUUUGGACAAAGAGAGUUUACAGGGGAUGUAGCUCUGGUGCUCAGACUGACUGGAUACGUUCUGUUUCAGUCAGGGAAGGGUUUAACUGAAAUACCAUUCUCUCAAAUCCUCCAAGAUCUCCUGGAACAUUAUUCUAAGUCUCACACAAGUCUACCGAAAUACAUCAGCCCCUUGACAGUGGAAUGUAACAAUAUGAAUCUUCCAGUCGAAGUCAGGUGGACACUAAAAGGGCAUAUCAAAUUGCUCUAAAUUUUUCAUUGUACAAAAAGUUGUAAAUAUGUGAAUCUAAUCAUGUCAAAAACAAAAGAAGAAGUUAUAGCCCAUAAAAUGUUUUUUCUCUGCACAGCAGUAGAGGCCAGUGUUCAAAUGGGAAAGACAGACAUCUUUUAUAAAUUUAAUUGUGUAUGAAUGGAAGAUUGCUUGAAAUAUGGAGACCAUUCAUGUGACAUUGUAUUAACAUAAUUCAAUACUAUUAACAUACAAAAGUUACUUUAUAUUUUUUUAUUCACAUUUGUUUUAGUACAUACUAAAUAAAGUGUAACAAAACAAA